AUGGUACUCCCGCACCAUAGACCAAUAUUCACGCUCUUCUCUAUUGUUACAGCGCCUCGCACGUCGUGCACGGGCGGGACUCCCAACAACCUCCCACCGCUGGGCUUCCAUAGUGUCCACGGGGAAAACGUCAGGAUUUCCAGGGAUGGCUCCAUCGCGAGGCGAGUAGAGUCGUUCUGUAAAGGAGUCGCGUUCAGUGCCAGACCUGUGAGGGUCAAUGAAAAGGUCUGCAUCCGUUUCGUCGAGAUUUCGAACAGCUGGAGCGGCGUCAUCCGUUUCGGCUUCACCAGCCACGACCCGGCGACCCUCACGCAUUUGUUACCCAAAUACGCGUGCCCUGACCUCACAAAUAAACCUGGGAACUGGGCCAAAGCCUUGGGCGAGAGGUUCUGCGAAAAGGACAACAUCCUUCACUAUUACGUGAACUCCGCUGGCGAUGUCCACUUCGGCAUCAACGGAGAAGACAAAGGCCUAUUUUUCUCGGGGGUUGACACCAGAAGCCCUUUGUGGGCGCUCGUAGAUGUGUAUGGAAACUGCACAGCAGUACAGUUCGCGGAUCCAAGAGCCCCGAACCAAGUUAGAAGACCAAACCAGAGUCCGCUAGAAGAAGAUAGACUUGUAGGCAGCAUGAGAUCCUUGUCAGUCGAAGAGGCGCUUCCUCCUCCUAGAUACGCGAAUCCACUAGUGCCACUUAGCUUGCACAGAACGAAAGGUCGAAACGUCCAGAUGGUAAACGACAGAGGGGUCGCAGCGAGAACAGAGGCGGAAUUCUGUCAAGGAUACGUCUUCACAGCGCGACCGAUGCGCCCAGGGCAGACUAUCGUCGUCCAGAUUCUAGCAACGGAGUCUGCCUACGCUGGCAGUUUAGCUAUUGGGUUAACCUCGUGCGAUCCGGCCACGUUAAGGCCCUGCGAUUUGCCUGACGAUGCUGAAUUGUUACUCGACCGUCCAGAAUACUGGGUGGUACGACGGGACGCGGCCAACGGUUUGCGCAGAGGCGAUGAGUUAGCCGUGACCUUGACCGUGGAUGGCGAAGUCCGAGUCAGCCGGAAUGGGUCUACGCCUAUAANCCCUAUCACAGUUAUGCACGUAGACCAUACUUUGAGAUUGUGGGCUUUUGUAGACAUAUACGGGGCUACGCAGAAAGUUAGGAUGCUGAGUUCGCAAGCGAUGCAGGCACAGACGCCUCCGCAACAGUUGAGGGUGAUAGCGGGGUCUGCGGCUCCCAUAGCGACGGGGGGAGGGGGCACCGUGCUGGUGGUUAGCCUGCCCCCGCAGAAUGGGGCGCAGAAUGUGGCCAACCAUCAGCAAGGGCUGACGCUCGCCAGUGCGCAUUAUAUUGAGCCCAUCCAAGCAUCGUCACAGCUGUGCUUAGCUGGUCUCCAACCCAUCUCCACUCAGCCGUCAACCUGCGCGCCUUGCCCGCAGCCGUCGUAUCAGCAGCCCAGGCCCAGGACCGACGCACAGUGCUCCAGCCAAAACAGCUCCAAUGAGCAAGCACAACUCCCCAACGGCCACGGGGAACCCCUAAGACUGGCAGAGAGAAUAACCAACGGCCCCUCCACUAGCAGACAAAUGCACCAGCCCAUUUACUCAGUUAUAGGAGAGGGCGCAAACCUCACCGGCACAGAAUGCACAAUCUGCUACGAAAAUCCCAUAGAUAGUGUGUUAUACAUGUGCGGUCAUAUGUGCAUGUGCUACCGAUGCGCUGUCCAACAAUGGCGGGGGAAAGGAGGCGGCCAAUGUCCUCUGUGCCGAGCCCCGAUAAAAGAUGUCAUUCGCACGUAUAAAUCUUGAUGUGUGACGCCAAAAACUGACACUUUAUUUCUCUAUGUCAUGACCGUAUUACAAAGAAUUGACAUGAAAUAUUAUGACAAAAAUAACAUAUUGGAAAUUCGUAAUAUAUUUAAUAAUUUAAUAUAUAAUUAGGUUCGAUGAUUGUGAUGAUUGUUUGGGAUUUAGCGGCAUGUUCUUGACUUACGGCCCGGGGCCGUGGACUUUGCUCUCGCGAUGGCGGCUAAAAAGUUUUUAUUGUGUUAGACGUCGUCGCGAGAGCAAUUUGUUAAGUGUUAUUGAUAAAAAUCGACGCCAAAAACGGAUUAUUUACGUAUCUUAUUAAAUUACACUAACUUAUAAUAGUUAGCGGGAUAACUAAAUCAUUAUUGACAUUUAAACUGUAUUUAUUUUUCGUGUCUAAUAGUUCUAUAAAUCUAUGUAUCGGACGUAUAAAGAAACCAUGACUGUAGAAGUCAUGGGAAUUCAUCGAAAAUCGGUUCGUGGUGGCGAAAUUUGGAACUAUGUAUGUUUUGCAGCGUAGACGGUGGCGCCACUUUUGAUAUAUCUCUUAGACGGUGUAAAUUAUAAUGAGAGUUAUGUAUGAAUCGAGGCUAUGUUACUACGUAUGUAUAUAUCUGGUAGUUAUGCUAGGUAUAGUUUAUGAGAUAGGACUCCUCGUUAUUAAAAUUUAGCAAGGCAAUAUUUGGAAGUUUUUGGUUAUUUUUCCAUUUUAGAUAAUGGCAACACUGAACGCUUUUGACGUUUCGUUUUAUGCCAACGUUGACUCGAAUUUAAGGACAAAUGACCUGAAACGACUAAAUAUUCGCUCUAGGGCCAGGCAGAUAGACUUUUAAUUCUGUCUAGGUUUUAAUCUAGGUUUUAGGCUGCAAACGAUAUCUGUACGUCCAUGAACGAUCGGUGAUAGUUUUAAUGCAUUUAAUAAUUUAAAAUCAUAUCAUAUUUACUUUUUUAAUGUUACCAUAAGGGAUUUUGGAGCUAUGAAGUGAUAGAAUCUGGCAUCGUUUAUAAAAAAAAUAUUCUUAAAAAUAACUAAAAACUAAUACAAGAUGACUACUUUUAUGGCACAAAAUUACUAUAGAUUUUUUUCAUUAAAUCUAUCACUUCAUAAGCUUUUAUAUUGGAAGGGAGUUCCUAAAAUGAUUUCUAUCGAUACUCCGCCUAUUUCGAUUGGAUAUUUAACGAAAUGUCCUCGUAGAUCUUAAGCUACUUUGCUGUGUUAAAUUAUCAGUAUCGAUCGCGCUGGAAGAUCGUCUGAAAUCAUUUCGCGAUAUGACAAUAUCCUAUUCAAUAGCUUUAAUAUCAAGGCUUUAUUGGAUUAUUUGUUCUUAUUAGUAGACAGGAUUAAACAAUAAUGUAAAGGCGCAAUCGCCGUUAAAAAACGUUAUUUUUUAAUCCACAUUAUAACCUUUUUGAUCAUUCCUGCCUUGCUCAACUUUCUUUCUUAUGGCAACACUGAAGCAUAUCAUUAAUGGCGGCCAAAUAUAAAAACUCUUUUAUAAUUCCUGACUUUUCUUGCUAAUGAUUUAAUUUGUUAGUUUCAUUCUUUUACUAAUUUUCACACAACGAUGACCGUGUGUGAAAAAUUAACAGAUUUUUCUUGAUAUUUGUUUUGAUUACCAACAUUUGUUUUUUAUACCAAACCUUUGCAGCCAGUUUGCGUAAUAUUAGUUUAUUUGCUAAUUUAUACGAUUACAAGUUAAAAUAAGAAUGAUUUUUACAUUUCUUUGUAUUAUUAGGCACACUCCAUUGUCAAAAUGUAUUCUACUCUGUUAAAGGUGGUGAUACGGUUCAUUUUCGCUUGCUCGUGGGAAUUAUUUUAAUUGUUAACUGGUCAGUGUCCCAUUCAAAGCUGAAAUGCACUUUAUCACCGCCUGAAAGAGCAGGUAUUUCUUUGUGGAAACUUAUGGAGUGAUUCGCCCUACGAUGUAUUACUAAUACAAGAACUGUAAAAAUGCGUCUGCAAGACCGAUAUCUAAAUAAUAUAGAUAAAUAAUUUAGAAUAUCUUUACAUUUAUUUAGUAACAUAUUUAUUUUUAUUGUUAAGACGGCAAACCCAAAGGGCGACAGAGAUAGCUGCUGAAUCUCGUAUGAAAGAAUGUGAUGGAUGAUUAGGUAGGGAACAGAUGAACAGCUAUCUCUGUCGCUCUAAUAAGCAGUAACCACACUUUUUAUACCAAAACAGUGCAAACAGUUUAAAAAGCAAUACCACAACAAUGUUCCAAGCCAAAUCUUAAAUAAGUUAGACCUGUAAAUAUUGUGUAAGAACGAAAUUUUGGCGUAUAAUCAAAAAUACAUCAGAAUUGCCAGUAAUAAAAAUGUUUCCCUAUGUCUCGAAUAUACGCCAAAUUUUCGGAGACCAAGUUGUAUGUGAUAAUUUCUUUUUUAUUAUAAUAAUGACUCAUUUUUCCGAGCUUGGUCCGUGUACAGCGUUGUCAUCUAGUCGUUAGUAAUUUAUUUCCUUUUUUUUUGAAAAAAAAAAACCUUUGUAAACGAUGUUGGAUUUUUAGAUUAAGUUUUCGAAUAAAAAUGGUUAUCGAUCGAA